AUGCUGCCAAGCGUGGCUGCCAUUCCAAACCCGACUGGAGGCCUUCUGAAUGCCUCCUUCAGCUGUCCCCCACAGCCACUCCACAGACUCGCCGGCGAGUGGCGACUCUUCGUGAAUUCUGGCGCUGUGCGAGAUGUCAGCAUAAGUGCCCCGUCGCCUUAUGCCGCAGUGCUCGCUGCGGUUUCGCCCGGGGGAGAAAGGCUGCCUUCGGCUCUGCUGCACAGAGAGUUCGCCACCAUCGGCCUCAACGGUGCGAUGGUAAAGUACACAGAGGCUGCGACAGAAGUGCUCUUCCCUGGCGUCGGUGUCCUCGAUGACGACAAGCAGAUCGAGGUUCGCCGCUACCGGAUCUCAAGCCGAUUUUGCCAGAAUGCCGGGAUUCUGAAGCUGGAGGAUCUGGAAGCUGCCUCAGCAGAUUCGAGCGAGAUUCAUCUCCAGGCUGUGGCACUGCGUCGAGGUCCUUCUCUGCCGGACCUGGCCGUACCUUUCGUCGUCCCAGGACACCUUUUCGUCGAGGCCAUCUACACCGUCCAAGCACUCGGGUCUUGGAACAUCGCCGCCUUCGCAGCGCGCCUGGGCCGCUGGCACCUUCGGCUCAUCAACGAGGUCGGAACAACAGAGACGAGGCUGAUCUACGAGGAGUCUUCCUGGCGCCAACGGCUCCUUCGUGAUGGGUCCAACAACACCCUGCGCCGCUGCGGAGCAGCUUUUCUCGUAGGCCAGCCCAAGCUGUCCGUUUGGAGGCGCCUGUAUCCCGGAGAGGUCCUGAUCGGGCCCUGCGCCGACCGAGAGGCUGCGGAGCGGGUUGCCCGCGAGGUAGGCAGCACCCUGGGCUUCGUCACCUUUCCGCAGGGCUGCUACUUUCUGCUCGAGAAGGCUCGGGAUCGACUCUCACUGCAGACUUUCCCGGCAAAGAAGCAGGAGAACAUGAGGGAGGCCGGUGUGGUUUUGCCGAGGCUGAAGGCUCUGGGACCUUCGCCCCUGGGCAUCCGCCUGGGAAACGCCCUGUUUCUGAUGGCUGCUGCGUUGGCUAUGGCUGCAGACUUUGGUUUCGGCUUCCGAAUGGAAACCAGUAUGCAUUGGUUUCCAUAUGCAGAGGCCGGUGGGAUCUUCUCCCUGCUGCCGUGCGUACAUUGGUAUACGCCUGCGCGAGACCUUCCCAUGAUUGGCAGCCCUAGCCACGGGGGUUUCGAGGAGCCUCGACUGCCGAAGGGUGCGAAGGCAGUGAUUCUGCAUGGAUACUUCCAGAACUUGAAGUACUUCUGGCACCACAAGCAGCUUGUGAGGAGCUACCUCCUGCCGGCGAGCCUGGCGGAGCGAGCCCGCGGCAUCUUCCUGCGAUGGAUGGCGGCACACCUUCUCAACCAGGACGCCACCACUCUGGCGAUCCACGUGCGCUUGGGCGAUCGAGGCGAUGGGCUGGGCACAAUGUACUUCCGCGAGUCUGUGCGCAUUGCAAAAGCAAAGAUCGCGCGGCUGCAGAGCCGAGCCGCCGAUGGGAAGAUCCACUGUAUCCUGUUCUCUGACGAGCCGGAACGACUUCGCUCUGGCAGAGCCACGCAGAUUUGCCCCAAGCACAGCAUCUUCGAGGAGCCGAUGCGGGACGAUUUGGCUCUCGCCGUGUUGGCCGUGUGCUGCUCGGGGAUUGUCAUCAGCUUUUCCACCUUCAGCUGGUGGGCUGCAGUUCUUGGUGGUUACCGGGUGGUAGUGGCACCUGCGACCACGGAGCAAAGCUGUUUGGCCACGGCCCCGGCCGAGAACAACACAUUGGCCUACGUUCCGGGCUGGCUGCGCGCUGACGUUCCCUGCGAUGCGGAAAGGCUUGGUGCAAAACGGGCGCAGGAGUCGAGUCUGGGUAUCAGUCGAACGCCCAUCACAUGCGCACAAACUUGCAAGACUGGCACAACAAUUGCUGACCUGAGUAGUCUGGAACUUGUUACUCGGUGUGAUUUCGGCAUGCCCUGA